AUGGCGCUUCAAUUACACAGAAGCCUCCUGCGACAACCUCGCGCGGGCUCUUUUGGUGCCGUGUGCCGCACUUUCACUUCCUCCACAUUCUUAUUAUCCGGGCACAGCAAGUGGUCCACCAUCAAACAUGACAAGGCGAAGAACGACAAGGCGAAGAGCAAAGAACGCCAGAUGAUGAGCAAGGAAAUCGCCAGCGCUACACAAUUAUGGGGCGCCGAUCCAAAGUACAACCCCCGUUUGACCCUCGCACUCUCGAAUGCGAAGCGAGCCUCCAUCCCGAAGAAUAUUAUCGAAGCAGCCAUCGCACGUGGCCAAGGACUCAGUUUAACUGGCCAGGCUCUAGAGUCGGUAACAAUCGAAGCCAUGCUCCCUGGUGGAGUGGCCGCGGUGGUCGAGUGCCAGACCGAUCAGAAGGCUCGAGUCUUGCAAGACAUUCGAUACCUGAUUAAGAAUGGUGGAGGAACCGUCACACCAACCACAUUCCUUUUCGAAAAGAAAGGCCGGGUCGUCCUGGAGAAGAAAGAGGAUACAAGUGCAGAUGAUUUCCUGGAUGCGGCUAUUGAGGCGGGCGCAAUGGAUAUCAACACCGACGAUAAAGGUCGUUUGGUGCUGUUGACGGAUCCCUCUGAAACGAAAAGUGUUGGUGAAGCAUUUGCCAAGUUGUCUGGUCUGACAAUUGAAGAGUUGGAGAUGUUCUGGGACCCGAACCAGGAAACUCUGGUCGAGCUACAGGACGAAGAGCAGGUCAAGGCUCUCGAUAAUCUCCUCAGUUCCUUGCGAGAUGAUCCCAGCGUUCAGGAUAUUUACCUGAAUGCUACAGAGAAGUUCUAG